GCACCAGCCCUCUCGGCGCUGAGGGUCAGGAGUGUCUGGGCUCUCAAGGUUUCACCCUUCAUAUAUCUGGCGUAAUCUAGAUACCAAUCCAACUGUGCAGUCCUUUUAGGCCAGCCACCAUGCUUAAUCGAGUACCCGUAGAAGUCUGGACAUUGAUAUGUCGAGCGCUGCCGUCCGCGGGAGCACGCGCCGCGUUCUGCGGAGUCAGCCAGUUCUGCAACACAGUUUGUACACCGGUGUUAUACUCGACCAUCUGCAUCACUGGAGAAAGAAAGCUCACGCUUCUCUGCAAUACACUUUCGGAGAGAGAAGACUUAAUACCCACUAUCAGAGCCUUGGAGCUCGACGCUAGUGAUUCCUGGAGUGAAGAUCCAUCUGCCCCCUGGGAAAUCGAUGGGGCGCUCAUGGAGAGAUUUCGCCCUGCCCUCGCAUCCUGCAUCAAUCUCGAGGUUCUCGAGAUUUCGGGCCAAGAACACGAAGCCCCUUGGCAAUUCUGUGUGCUCUUUGAACCGAUAACUCCUACACUAAACUUCCCUUCCCUCCGUCAUCUCUCUCUUCAGUUCUACUUCAACGACAAUGUCUACACCUUCGUUCAGCGGCACUAUCACCAACUCAGUAGCCUCACUAUCGAACACCAAAGCGACCUACGUGACGCCUCUGGAGAUAUGGCAUGGACUGCCAACUUUCGCGAAAACCACUCAAUGCCCAUGCCUCCCUCCUGUACGAGACUCCGGUGCUCCCCGACUCUCGCACCAGUGUUUGUCCCUGGCUCCUACCUUACCCGUGUUUGGAUGAGUUGGAACGCUAUGUCGAACCUGAACGAGUUUGAUCGGCUUGCCCCCGAUCUCGUCACGGCCAUGACAAAGGCACGUUCUCCUAUUGUCGACCUUUCGUAUGUUGGACGGUCGUGGAACCUACGUUUCAUGUCACUUGUCGCUCAAGAGCUUCCGGCACUCGAGAGCCUGUACAUAGGUAACAACACUGAAAGCUGGCCUGCGGCCCCGAACGCACUGGAUGUGGAGACUUUCAUCACACCGUUCUUACGAGAAAUGCCAAAUAUACUUCGCCAUUUCAAAUCCCUCAAAAUCCUACUAGUUCAUAGUGUUGAGUUUGAACAGGAUGAAGAUGAGCCUUUUCGUACCUUCGAUGGCGAUUUCAGGACCAUGCAACAGUGGGCCACGCUCUGCCCGACUCUCUUGUACUGCACAUUACCCCUAACUCAUACCAACUGGACCCGACACCCAUCCUACUCGUUUUUCGUCCCCGACAUCUUCGCCAAGAAUCACUUUCCGAGCGCAUAUACUACUCAGUGGAUGCAUGGUGUAUUCGCUCGCGAAGGCGACGAAUUUGCUACGUCGUUUAUACGACAAUUCAUUGAUAUUCGAAAUGCUGGGAUUCCAGAUAUGGUCGAUAAGUGGAUGCGGUCCGGGUAGAGUGUCAUGUCGAAUAUAGGACUACG